UUCAAGCCACGGCAAGUUGAGAGAUGAACAUUCAAGUGGAGCACUCGGACGACAAGUGACCCCCGCCCGGUGCCGCCGUCACUUUAGUUGUCUGUGUACUCCUGGGAAGCAUCUACCUCCAGCAUGUCCAUUUUAUUCCUGAUAUUUUGCAAGACAGGUGUGAGACGUAAACUCCAGAUGCAUCCAGGGAAAAUGAUCAACUCGGUCUACAGUGAUGAGGAAAGGGGAAGCCAAGACAAAGAAAGCAAAGAGGAGACCAUCUUGGCCAUGUUGGGCAUCAUCGGGACCAUUCUUAACUUACUGGUCAUCAUCUUUGUCUACAUCUACACCACGCUGUAGAGGCGUUCGAUACCAACAAGAGUCAUGAAGACCGGAGGACGACAGAGGCGGACCAAAGACAGGAACGGGAUGGAAUGGGAUCCAAGACCGUGCAGUGGAUGUGCAAAUCUGAAUACGGGCUCGCUUGUACCGACCGCACGAGGCUUAUGCUAACUUUAAAGUGCAGCUGCCCUCGUCACAUGGAUCACAAAGGACUUCAAGGACUUUUGGAAAAAGCCUUUUAUAAGACUAUACCGUCGUAAAUACGCAAUUCAGACUUAUUUUUGCGGAAUGAACAAUGUGAGUUUUUCUAGAGGUGUGUUUCUUAAUAAAACCUGAGAUCUGUUCAAUUAAAGUUUCUUUAUAUUAUUCUUCAGGAAAAAUGUGUGUGGCUGGUGUGUGUGUAAAAUCGGUGUCAGUUUAAUGUGCUGAAAUAAUUAAAGGCCAUUCUUUCUCCUCCUCUUUCAGAUAGCAAACUACUUGAAGUCAAGUAGUCCAGCAUUCAUCAGAUUCAAUAAUUGAUUGAAUUUUUUUGCCCAUCCCUAAUGUCAACAACCCAAAUAGCCUGAAGCAUUAAAGCCAACAAAAUCGGAUCAUCUGAUUUUGACAAGCAGGGGGCAAUGCAUGAGUUUUUCGUUCUAGUAUUCUAGUCAACAACUAAUUUAUUGUCUAAUUUUUUUAUAUAACUAGAAAUGAUCAUCAAGACUACAUUGUGGAUUAACCUCAUGACUUCAAAAAGUGCCUGAGACCUUGUGGCGUCUCACUAUCACCUUCUCGAGGAAGGAGGCAAAAUUAGAGCAAACGGGAAAGUGAAACGAUACCUACUGAUAAAGCUGCAUCCUCAUCCGACCACCGUGGGGACUGCACGCCCCGAACGCGGAUCAAUGACAGAUUUCUGUUGGGGGGAAAAAAAGGAAGGCCUAUUAAGCACACAGAGAAUCCCGAAUGUAUCCCUCAUUAUCGCCAGUGUUGAUUAUGUGUGAUGAAGCUAUCUUUCUGAAAUGUAUUGACACGAUUCAGCUGUUGAAGUGCAAUCUCCAAUGACACUCCUUGACUUGUAAUUUCCAAAU